AUGGCACCCCCGUCUCCCUUCCUCGCUCUCCCGCGAGAAAUCAGAGAUGCGAUAUACGAGCACUACGUCGCGAUCCCGGGUGGAUAUGUCUGCGACCCUGGUCGAUUCGCCGCAAAUGUGCUUGAGCGCAACGCCGCAAGUGUGCCGAAGAUCAACAUUACCGGUCUAUUGAAGGGCGCCAACGACCAGCCCAUCAACCUGAACCUCUCCUACACUUGCCGCCUGAUCGCAACGGAAAUGUAUGGAGUGGCACUGCGGGCCAAUGCCAUCACCUUCACCACCAUCUACUGUGACGACCUUCGAAUGCUCGCUUUGCGAACUCACAACAUGGUGGUGAAUCGCUUAGAAACCCGCCGAAAAGAAAUCCUCUACGCCACCAGUCACGCCAUGCCAGAAACACAACAUUUUGCGCUCCUUCAAAAGUACCCGCAGUUCGCUGUCUUGUUAGACGCAUUGCGGAAACAACCCGGCGCCGAUACGAUACAAUUCCACCUGGGUAACAUUGAGGCAUGUGAAGCACCGUCGGUGUUCGCAACCUUAUGCAAGGAAGCUCUUCGGCACGUUCAAGGUUCACGCCAUGGCCAUGAAGCACUCGACCAUCACUGCGACGGCGUGUCUAGCGUUCUUGGUAUGAUUGAAAGCUCAAUGGAGCAUUGGGACAUUCCUUUGGAUGGCGACCUUGACGCCAUGGCGAGUUUCUGGGACGAGGGAGAGGAUACUCACGGUCUCAAAGCUGCACUAACGGGCAGGGAUCGGGUUAAGUACCGCUUCUCCGCUGCAGCGAUGGCGAUUCUCUUCAUCAAGUCCUGCAAUGAACGGCUUCAGAUGCAACUUCGCAAGAUCGUUCUCGAUGAAGAUCGCACUGCGGUAGCCUGCCCUGAACGUCACGCGCUUGGCUUGAUUCAAUUCUGCAGGCAAAAUCCGCUGCUCAAGAUUGAGCGCCGUGUCCAGCUCUGGAGCAAUGCCCUUCAGGACGAGGGUUACUCCCAUUCAAUGACAAAAUAUGUACUCCGAGACGAGUGGCGGAUACAGUCGGCUCAAAUCACACAGAGCAUCUGGAAGUGGGUUCAAGAGGCCCUGGCCCUUGCGCCGGCCGGUAUGCCAGACAACUCCUUCUCUCUCAUUCUGGAUGGCCAGCCACUACCAAAUCUGGCAACUCAAAUGUUCCAGGCAGUCAUCCGACGAGACAUUGCAUGGCAUCGUGCGUGGGAAGAAUCUCUAGAUCGAGGCGUUGCUUCAUUGCCAUCAGUGCAAGACUUUGGGCCGUGGUAUCAUUUGUAUCCAGGCCACAGGUUCAAGCAUCUUUCACGAGCCAUGGAAGACAUGGCCCAGCAAAAGUCUGUUGUACAGUGCAACUUUGACGUCGGGAAGGCGUGGGACGUUCAGAAUAUCAUCCAAGAACACAAGGACUGGACUGCUCGGCAGUGGGCCGCACGGUGGCCUGUAGACUACGAUCCUGCAUCAUGGGAGACAGAGUCCCCGUUAUCGUCGUGGAGAACCUUGUUGGAGGAAGACCUGCUACCGGAACCCGAAGGACCGUAUGAGCGGUGGACUGAAGACCCCGACGACGAAUUUUGA